AUGGCGUCUGGAGGAAAGCACUGGGAACAAGACAAGGAAGCCACCGUCUAUGUCGGCAACCUCGAUGAGCGCGUAACCGACCAACUCGUCUGGGAGUUGAUGCUCCAAGCUGGCCGCAUCGUCAAUGUCCAUCUCCCCAAGGAUCGCGUCACGCAAACACAUCAGGGCUUUGGCUUCGUCGAGUUCGUCAGCGAAGAAGACGCCGACUAUGCCGCCAAAAUCAUGAACCAGAUCCGUCUAUGGGGAAAGCCAAUCCGUGUCAACAAGGCCUCGGCCGACAAGCAGAAGACUCUGGAUGUUGGUGCCGAGCUCUUCGUUGGAAACUUGGAUCCCAUGGUCGACGAGCGCGUCUUGUUCGAGACUUUCAGCCGCUUCGGCAGCUUGACCUCUGCACCAAAGGUUGCUCGCGACGAUGCGAACCUCAGCAAGGGAUACGGCUUCGUGUCCUUCACCACAUUCGAAGCCUCCGACGAUGCCAUCGCAAACAUGCACGGCCAAUACCUCAUGAACAAAGAGAUCACCGCCCAGUACGCUUUCAAGAAGGAUGGCAAGGGUGAACGUCACGGCGACGCCGCAGAGCGUGCCCUUGCUGCAGCCGGCCGCGAACACAACAUCGAGCCCCAGGUCCAACCUCUACCCCCACAACUGCUUGCUCCUCAGCAGAUCGCCACCCCUAUCGCACCGCCCACGCCCAUGUCUGCCGCACCCUACGGUGUCUCGCCUGUGACCGGUGGAUACGGCGCUCCUCCAGCAGCCAGGACCCCACUCCCAGCUCCUCCAGCUGCCGCCGGCGUUCCUGCUCGACCACCUCCUAGCAUCGGUGGAUAUAACGGUCCCCAAGGUGGCUAUAACGGUCCUCAAGGCUUUGCCCCCCCUCCAGGUUUCGCACCAAAUGGAGCUCCUCCAGGCUUUGCACCACCGCCAGGUUUCGGUGGCAUGCCUGGUAUGCCUCCCGGUUUCCCUGCUCCUCCUCCAGGAAUGCCUCCAAACGCCUACCAAAGACGAUGA